AUGUCGUGGCAACCCUCCUACAAUUGGACGGGUGCGCCCGCCGAGUUCGACGGCAGCAAUCCCGAGACCGGCGGAGAUUCUAGCACCGAAAACUUGAACCAAUGGUACCAAUCAGGCGACCAGGCCUUCAUCAUCGUCUCGGCAUGCAUGGUCUUACUUAUGGUACCCGGCAUCGCGUUUCUGUACUCCGGCCUAUCUCGAAGAAAGUCGGCCUUGUCUCUGAUCUGGGUCGUCAUGAUGUCCUUCAGCGUCAUCAUCUUCCAGUGGUACUUCUGGGGUUACUCGCUGGCCUUCAGCUCGACGGCCACCAACGGUUUUAUCGGCGACUUACAUCACUUCGGUCUCAUGAAUACCCUCGCGAAGCCUUCGCCCGGAUCACCGCUUAUUCCUGAGCUGCUGUACUCUUUCUACCAGAUGAUGUUCUGCGCUGUAACCGCAGCUCUCGUCAUCGGCGCGGUCGCCGAGAGAGGUCGCAUGCUUCCCGCUAUGGUCUUCGUCUUCUUCUGGGCCACGCUCGUAUAUUGUCCCCUCGCCUGCUGGGUUUGGAAUGUUAACGGUUGGGCCUUCAACUAUGGUGUUCUUGACUAUGCUGGAGGUGGGCCCGUCGAGAUCGGCUCUGGUUUGUCUGCUCUUGCCUACUCGUGGGUUCUCGGCCGACGCCACGAGAAGAUGAUGCUCAACUUCCGACCUCACAAUGUUUCCCUAGUCACGCUCGGCACCGUUUUCCUUUGGUUCGGCUGGCUCGGGUUUAACGGCGGUUCUGCAUUUGGCGCUAACCUAAGGGCUACAAUGGCAUGCUGGAACUCUUGUCUGACGGCUACUUUUGCUGGUAUGACGUGGUGCCUGCUCGAUUUCCGUCUUGCGAGGAAAUGGUCGAUGGUUGGUUGGUGUUCCGGUGUCAUCUCUGGCCUCGUUGCUGCUACGCCUGCGUCUGGUUUUAUUCCUCCUUGGGCAUCGAUCAUCCUAGGUGUUGUCACUGGUGUCUGCUGUAACUUUGGCACUAAAGUCAAGUUCCUAGUCAGAAUCGACGACUCUCUCGAUGUAUUCGCUGAACACGGUAUCGGUGGUAUUGUUGGUCUCAUCUUCAACGCCUUCUUUAGUGCGAACUAUAUCAUCGGCCUAGACGGUGUCAACAACGGCGUAUUUCCCGGCGGUUGGAUUGAUCAUCACUAUGAACAAUUAUACAUCCAGAUCGCCUACAUCGUCGCUGCAUGCGCUUAUUCGUUCGUCAUGUCCGCCAUCAUUGCCAAGCUCAUCGACCUCGUACCCGGUUUACACUUACGCGCUACGGAAGAGGCCGAGCUCCUAGGUAUGGACGACGACCAACUCGGCGAAUUUGCGUACGACUACGUCGAGGUGCGCCGAGAUUUCCUAGCGUGGACCCCUGCCAAGGAAGAACCUACCGCGGACGGCCACAGAAUUAUCCCGCAGCACGGAAUCGAAGAGCAUCAGCACAUGGCCAAUACGAACGGCCUAGCUCUCGAGAAAGAGCAGGAGAAGCUAGGAGCCUCUGCCAGAGCCCCCGCUAAGGAGGCCGCUGCCGAAGAUGCUGCUACGCAGGGCAGCAGGGGAAGCGGAGAAUAA